CACAAAACAUGGUAAUCCUAAACAAAUUGGAUAGUAUUACAUGGGAAUGAACCAGCAUAACUAGAAAUACUUAAACCCGUUGAUUUUGGCAGGCUUCUGUGCUUUUGUCUGGGUAGAUCAUUGCCUUUGGGUUAACACAAAGGUAAGAAUGAAGUUCAUGCCAAGGUGUACUUCAUAGUUUCUUAGUGAAGAAGAAUAGAAGGUACAUGACAUUGGGCAGAUUACUAUUAGGAGAAAAUAAUAUACAUGUAUUUAUAGUAUAUUAUUUAAAUAUGUUUAAACCUUUUCUUUGCAGGUAUAGAGUAAAACUCACUACUUUCCAUAUAAUAUUAUACAUGUCUGUUUAUCUUACGAUUAGUUUAUUAGAAUUAAUAAUUUACAAGAUAGAAGAAGACAUUAAGUGAUUCUUAUUGGAAAACAUUGGUUCAUAUUUAAACUUACAAGAAAAAGGGAUUAAGUGGACCAAGAAAAAGGAAUUUAGUGGACCAACCAGCAUUGCCCUCAGGUUAGCAGAUAGGAAGUAGAAAAGCUAAAUGAAUAACACCAAGUAGCUCUCCUCCAAACUAUUGAUUUAUUAAUAGACAACUAAAACAUGGCAUUUUUCAAGCAUUUUCAGCAAAAUCUGAGUCUUCCUUCCAUGUCUUCUUUUGUUGACACACUAAGUAAUGCUGUUGAUGAUCUAACCAGUGCUGUUGGAGAUGUCAGCUACACAGUAGCUGACUCAGUUACAGAGCAGGUAACAAGUAUGAUCAACAGCCUUAGGACAGAUGAUACAGUUACAAUACAAGAUGAUAAAUGUGUAGUAGGUAAGGAAAAAAAUAGACCACAAUUAAAUCAUGAUAAAGAAUUGGAUGUGAGAGGAAAAGGGUACAAUGCAGAAGAAAAAAAUAAGCACAUUGAUUUUUCAAAACAAUGUAAAAAUGAUGGUAGAGAAUUCAAUUAUAACAAAGAUCAAAUACAAUAUCAGCCAAAUACUAGUGAAACUAAUGAACCUUUUCAUGAAGCAGAAGUUUGUGAGGCAGUGAAUAAUUCAGUAAAAGAUACAAAAAAAAGACGUCCAGGAAGUGACUACUUGGAAAAAGUUACCUUUCCAAAAGAUUUUAGGCAGGACUGUAAUAUAUCUGGACAAAAACAAUCCCUUAAUAAAGAGUCACAUACAUUGUUCGAACAAUCUAAGGAUCAUUUGCAUAAAAGAGUCAAACAAAUACCAUCAGGAGUUGACCUCAAGAACACCAAAAAGGUAUAUGGUGUUGCAUCCAGGAAUUUGGAAGCAAAAGAAGAGGAAACACCAAAAUUGCCAGAGUCAAGUUCUAAACAAGUACAUGGUGUUCAUGAAGUAAAAGGAGAGACAUGUAAAACAUUUUCUGAUGGCCACAGACAGUCUGUGACAAAGCAGGAAGAAAAUGUGCCAUCAACUCUUUCAAAGGAAAGUGAAAAGAGAAAGAUUAAGAAAUCAGAAGGUUUUUCAAAAGAAGUGAGUAGUAAGAAGAUACCAGAAAAAGACAACUCUUACAUAAAUAAAGAUCAGCAUGGUUCAUCAUCUGAAAGUGAAGAUGAGGCACUGGGUAAAUACCAUGAAGCCUUGUCCAGAACACAAAGUUCAAGGCCAUCAGCAGGCGAUAGCAGACAACAAAAAAACUACAUUUGGGAAACAAGACAGAAAUACAGUCCUCUCUCUGCCGAGUAUGACGGCUACAGUAGUGAAGCCUCAAUAGAUGAAGCAAACUGCAUUCAAAGAAUGAGGCAAACUCCUCCUCUUGAUGAAUUGCAGCCUCCACCGUACCAAGAUGAUAGUGGCUCUCCGCACCUCUCAUGCACGCCCUCCGAAGUUGGUGACAGCAAAUGUGAAUUCUCUCAGUGUAGCAACAGUCCAAGAUGUUCAUAUAAGUGCCCAAGUGAAGGAAGCACUGGGCACGAAAUAGAAAGCUUCCAUAACAAAGGAUACGAAGAAGAUGUACCCAGCGAUAGCACUGCUGUCCUUAGCCCUGAGGAUCUAUCAGCUCGAGGAUCAUCAUCACAGCUCCCUAAAUCUUUUGAUCCUGAACCAGAAGCUAAAUAUGGCACCCUGGAUGUGACUUUUGACUAUGACUCGCAGGAACAGAGGCUUCUCAUAACUGUGACAGCUGUCACAGACAUUCCAAAUUAUAGCAGGACAAGUGGAAGUUUAUGGCAAGUACACCUGGUUCUUCUUCCUAUCAAGAAGCAGAGAGCAAAAACCAGCAUCCAGCGGGGUCCAUGCCCUGUCUUCACAGAGACAUUUAAAUUUAAUCAUAUUGAGUCUGAGAUGAUUGGGAAUUAUGCAGUACGCUUUAGACUGUACAGCAUACGUCGUGUAAAAAGAGAGAGGAUUCUGGGAGAAAAGAUAUUUUACUUAACCAAAUUAAAUCUUCAAGGGAAGAUGUCAGUGCCAGUGACAUUGGAGCCAGCAUACAAUAUUUCUGGCUGUGACUCCCAAAUGAGCAUGUCAGAAAUGUCCUGCAGUGAAAGUACCUCCUCUUGUCAGUCUCUGGCACAUGGCUCAGCUCCAGAAAUCCUCAUCGGACUGCUUUAUAAUGCCACAACUGGAAGACUAGCAGCAGAAGUGAUAAAAGGCAGCCACUUCAAAAACUUGGCAGCAAACAGACCACCCAAUACAUUUGUUAAGCUGACAUUGCUGAAUUCCAUGGGUCAAGAGAUGUCCAAAUGCAAGACAUCCAUCCGAAGAGGGCAGCCAAAUCCUGUCUACAAAGAGACCUUUAUUUUUCAAGUGGCACUAUUUCAGCUUUCUGAUGUGACACUGAUAUUGUCUGUAUAUAAUAAACGCAGUAUGAAGCGAAAGGAAAUGAUAGGCUGGAUUUCUUUAGGUUUGAACAGUUCUGGUGAAGAGGAACUAAACCACUGGACUGAGAUGAAGGAAUCAAAAGGACAACAAGUCUGUAGAUGGCACUCAUUGUUAGAGUCUUAAUGGACAGUUUUGACUCUGCAGAACAUCGGGGUGUAGUGAGGCUGCCCUUUAGGUGCAUCUCAGAGAAGGUAUUGCAGAAAUUACAAAUUCAAACAUUCCACUUCAACCAAUGCACAAAAUGCCGUGGAGCAGAAUUCACUUUCACAUCUUCACAUCACUGAUUUCAGGUAAAAUGUACCAGAUACAGAAGAGACAGUAACCUCAAGUCCUUAUCGUGACACUAAGAGGAUUGGUGAUUUUUUUUCCCAUGUUAGUUUUUCUGUUUAACUUACAGAUAUUUUGUGUAAAUCUUCUAUUAUUGCAAAAUCCUCCAGUGAUGUUGUUCUUGUUUUUAGUGGUGCUAUGUUGUGUUGUAGAUGACCUGUCAACAAGCAGAUUUAAAGAGGGAUGGUUAAAUGGUAGGGCAAACACAACAAUAGGAGAGAAAAUUUAUACAUUUGCUUACAGAAGUAAGAGCAUUACUGUUUUUCCCCUUUAGCAACUUAACAUUUCUGACAGUUUAAUUUUGAAGAACACGAAUGUUGCUAUGCAAGAGCAGCCCUGCAUGCUGGCUGCUUAUCAGACACAAAAACAGCUCCUC